ACCAACUGCCUUUGGGAUAUUUCUUCAGUUCCCUUUGGGUUCACAAGCAGGCAUGUCUCGCCGGCUGCUCAGGCUAUUUCGGAAGGAAAGUGGAGAUCAAGGAGAGACCACACCAAGACAGGAAGAUAACCUCCUGUCUAGUAAAAAAGGAAGGAGGAAAUCAUUCUGGGGAAGGCUUGGUUUUGGUAGGAAGGCAUCAUCCCAAAAUGUCAUCAGUGAGCAAGAGAAGUGUCUAAAGGAACUGGAGGAACUCAAACUUGAAAUCCAGAAGUGUCAAUUCGAGAGGGAUGAACUUUAUCAAAUCCUGGACCUUUAUAUCUAUGAUGAGUGGGACCACAGGCUGGAUGUCGAAUUGCCAAUACUUCGAUCUGAACAUGAGAUGAGAAUGAUGGCUAUGCAAAUGAUGACCAACUCAAUAAGUGAUGCCAUGGAGAGCAUCAGGCACUCCCAGCUCCUGCGUGAACAAGCUCAAUUGAAGAACAAAAUACAGAUUUUGCUGAAUGAGAAGAGAGAACAGCUGGUGGAGCAGACUGAACUGCCAGCAUCCUCUGAGGAGGCAAAGAGACUCUGUGAAGAGGCCGGAAUGAACAUCUGUGACCCCAGAGCCCAGCAACAGCAGGUCUAAAAUUCUCCAGCAGAAACUUGAACAUGACACAGGCCAGGACAAGUCUCCCUUGAAGAGAAGUGCUACAGGAGGAGAACUAAGUGUGCACAGCAAAUACACCACUAUUGCAUCUCAUCUGUAAUGUCCAUAGCAAUUGUGGACUGCAUUUUCCUCCUUUAGUUUGAUCUCUUUGGAUUGAAUAGUCCUUACUUUCAUCUCGCUUCUCCCCAGCAAGAGUGCACAUUUGGAGAGACUCAGAGCUAUCAAGACCUGCUGGGCAUCCAGGAAGAGUCUCCAUAGGUAACUUUGUACUUGUCCUGAUGGUCAUCCAGAAGUGUUUCCCAGAGAUCAGUCCACAACAUUGGAAAGACUUUGAGUCACAGACUGUCAUAUAUCUUAUACUCAGCAGUGGACAGCCUUUUCCUUCAUACCCCCCACUCCAACAAAGAGACCUCCUUACAUUCCUCUAGGAAAGAUUAAUCCCAUCAGUAACUGCUUUCCUACUAUAUUUCCAAAGCCAGCCAUAGGCUAUAAGUCUGUUCUGCAAAAUGAGCAGCAAAAGAAUGCUGAGCACAAUUCCUCUGUUUAGAUUUUGGUUUGAGUUUUGAUUAUUUUGGUUACUUAGUUUCCUUCUAUUCAUUUGAAGUUUUGUUAUUUAUUUGUUGUUGUUUUUUUCUUGCAAUUGAUUUGCUAGUUUGAUAAGGAUAUAGACUGUAUGUAUUUACUACCUGCAUCUGGUUACUAUCGAGUAAAUUGGAUGUAUUCUGGUGAAUAAAAGAGUAAUCUCAAACUA